AUGCAGCCGCACGCGGCUCCCAGCGGCACGGAUGCCUUCGAGCGCUACUUCCAAGCGGCCGAUGCGGACAGGGAUGGCCGGAUCAACGAGGCCUUAUUCUCCUUCUUUCCACAUGAUCUCUCUCUUCUUUCUCAUUCUCCCCAGGGAAUAGCGGUCUGGCAGUAUGCGGACUCGCGCCAAGCGGGGUUCCUCCACCGCCCAGAGUUCUUCCACGCCCUUCGCCUCAUCACCGUUGCCCAAUCCGGUCGCGACAUCAACCCAGACGUCGCCCGAGCCACCUUCUCAGGCCCGGCAGUGGCCCAGAUCCCCGCACCUCGGAUUACCGUGCCUCCGAGGCCCGGAGCUGCUGCCAGACCAGGCGGGCUGCCAGGUCCGGUCGGUUCGGGCGCUCCCGGACCUGGAGCACCGGGAGCACCACCAGUGCAGCAGGGCGCGUAUGGAAGGGGAAUGCCAGUCCAAGGCGCGCCGAUGCCACAGGGGAUGGCUGGUAUGGCUGGGAUGGGCCCUGUGGGGGGCAUGAUGGGGGGGCCUCUUGGACCCGCAUACGGCCGUGGUCAGCCAGCAGGUGCUCCUAUGCCAGGUCAGCCUGGCCCGAUGCCAGGUCAGCCUGGCCCCAUGCCAGGUCAGCCCGGCCAAAUGCCAGGUCAGCCUGGGCCAAAGCCAGGUCAGCCUGCAUCCGGGCCUUCUUGGCAGCCUGCUUCUGCGAAGCCUGCAGCAGAGAAGGAUCCGUUUGCGGAUUUUGGCGUGCUUGGAGGCAAGAAGUUUGCCGCCCAGACCCAGAGUGGUGCCAAGGGUUCUGCUGCCGCCCAAAGUGCUGCCACAGACGCAGCAGCAGCAGCAGCACUGGAUGCUUUUGUGAUGAAAGACGUGGCUGUAGUGCCUCCAGCUGCUGUGUCUUCCGCUGUGGUAACAGCAGGUGGGGGGCAAGCAGCAGAAGGAACAGCAUUCGCGGGAGCAGGGGCAGCAGCAGGGGCAGCAGGGCAAGGGGCGGGCGCAGCAGCAGGGGGCGCGCAGGGGCAGGAAGGAGAGGGGUUUCUGAUGGUCCCGGGGGAUCCCCAGCCAUGGCCGAGAAUGGGGGUGGCGGAGGCACAGCGGUAUGCGCAGGUGUUUGUGGGCAUCGAUGCGGAUAGGGAUGGCAAGAUCACCGGCAAGGAGGCGAGGAAAGUGCUCAUGGCUUCACAAGUGCCUAUUGAUGUACUCAAGCAGGUGUGGGACCUCUCAGACGAGGACAAGGACGGCAACUUGACUCUCCGCGAGUUCUGCACCGCCUCCUACCUCAUCGAGCGCUACAAGUCAGGACGAAAGCUGCCGCCCACACUGCCGAAGGGCUUCCACGUGGACGAACCGGUGCAGGACCAGCGCACGGCCAUCGCUGCGAAACGAUUGGCCGAGGCGCAGGCGGCGCUGACUCAGCACUCACAGGGGGUGAACGUGCCAACGUGGCAGCGCGAUCCAGGUGUCCUGGUCUCCCCAACAAAAGGAGCACCCAGAAAGGACGCUGCCAUGGAUCAGAAGAAAAAGGCGGUGUUUUUCCGCGACAAAAUGCAGGAGAUUGUCAUGUUCAAGAGUCGCUGUGACCUCCGCCUUGCUGACGUCUCUGAACAGGCUGAUGUGGAGAAAAAGGAGAUGGAGGAACUGGCCCGGAAGUAUGACGACAAGUACAAGGCGGCUCAGCUGUCGGCUGGGAAGCUUGCAGCAGAGGAGCGGGCACUGCAGCAGAUGCAGGAGAAGGCUCACAUCAUCAUGAACGCAACGUCAAGGCUUGACCGAGGAGGCGACCCCAACCAGCUGCUGCAGGACAAGGCGGACCGCUUGGCUCUAGAGGUGGAGGAGAUGCGCAAGGCGGUGUUCGCGCAUGCCACUGCCAUCGGGCUCAAAGUGCGGCCCCUUGUGGGAUCCGAAACUCCCUUUGGCUGGCAGGCGAAUCUUCAGGAGAAAGCAACAGACUGGGACGACGAGUGGGACGACGUGCAGUUUGAAGAGCUGGUGGUGGUGCGGGAUAUUGGCGACACCCCAUUGGCUGAAAACGAAGACCCGUUCCCCAGGCCGAAAUCCAAGGAGCAGGAGGAGAAGGGAGCGGCUGGGGCGUCAGCAGCUGCUGAAACUGGCAAGGGAGAAGGGGAGGAGGGUGGGGGAGAGGGAGAGGUGGAGGAUGGGAAGGGGGGAGAGGGGAUGGCAGCAGAAGAGGUUGAUGGUGCUGCGAAUACAGGAGGGGAAGGGCCAGGAGGUUCCAAGGAGAACGGGGAGAAGGAGAAGCAGGAGAAGGAGAAGGAGGAGGAGAAGAAGAGGAAGAAGAAGGAGAAGAGCAUGGGCUCGGCUCCGUCCGGUCCAGCUGACUUCUUCUCUCCAGAAGAGGAUGAGGAUGCGGAUUCAAACGAGGCUAUGAUUGGCGUGCAGAGGCAUGGGGAGGAGGACGAGGAGGAGGAAGAGGAGGAGGUGGAGGAAAUUGUGAUGGAUUCGACGCCUGUGCUGCAGAUUACAGCAGGAGGAGAGGGAGAGGGAGGGGGAAGGGGGAGAAAGGACGGGAUGAUGGAAGGGGUGGUUGCGGGAGGGGCAGGAGCAGGAGCAGAGGAAAAGCAGACCAAGCAAUCAGAAGCAGGAGCUGGAGGAAAGGAAGGGGAGAGAGAGGGGCAGGAGACCGAUGGGGAGAAUUCGACGUCAGCAGUGCAAGAGGAGAGUGCAGCAUCGGCCUCACCUGGUGAUUCCAAGGAGAUUCUUGGAUUCCCCUUCCAAGGCUGGUCCCGUGGCAGCGCGGGUAAAGCAGGAGCAGCAGCAGGAGGAGCAGGAGGAAGGGGGUCAGGAGGAGCAGCGAUGCCGAGUUUGGCUGACCUGGCGUCAUCCUUCUCUCUCUCUCCAACAUCUGGCGUGUCUCCGGUUUCUCCUGUAUCUGCUGCUGCAUCCACCAGCAGUAGAGCAUCUACUACUGCUUCUCCCUUCAACCCUGCUUCGGUUGCAAAGAGCCUGGCAGCUGCUAAUGCUGCUGCUGCAGCAAUUAACGCUGCUUCUGGAACGCCUGAUUCCAUCCCUGCUGGUGUUGCUGCUGGUGGCGAUGCUGCUGCCUUGUCAGCAGGGAAGUCUCCACCCUCGGCCACGUCUGUGCGUCGAACCUUGGAUUUAGGUUCGGUGGACUCCCCACAGCAAGAUAGCACGGCGAGCGGAGCGAGCAGCGCUGGAGGCUUGGGUUUUGGUUCGGUGAUGACGGCUGGUCCGGGAGGGAGGUACGGCGAAGGAGCAGGAGCAGGGGCAGGAGCAGGAGCAGGAGUGGGGGCAGUAGCAGGUGGAGGAGGGGGAAGGGAUGGGUAUGGAGAGGGAGAGGAGGUGUCACGGCCCUACACAGCCCAUGGGCUUGUGUCCGAAGAUAUGGUUGAGAGUGAUGCAGAGAGUGACAGUGGAAGGAAGGGCUAUGGGUCGGGGGGGAGAGGAAGGGAUGAGGAGGAGGACGAACAAGCAGCAGAUUCGUCUGACACUGCUGCACCUGCUGCUGGUAUCCCAGCAGCAGCAACAGCUGCUGCUGCCGCCGCUGCUGCCACCGCUGCUCCCGCUGCCUCCUUCGGCCUAUCUCCCAGUGCCGACAGUGAAGGUGGCGCUGCAGUAACAGAGACCAAAUCCGGGUCCUUCGCGUUUGAUUUCUCGGCAGAGCCAGAGGACCCGUUCACCUCAGGUGCAGCAGCAGCAGCAGACCGUUCAGAAUCCGCAUCUCCCUUCCCCACCUCGUUCAGCACUGAGGGGCGGCGGAGGAGUGGAAACGACGAGGCUCAGUCACCUCUCACGCACGCUGCUGUGGGUCAGGAAGAUAGCCCUAUCCACUCCCAGCAGCAGCAGCAGCUGGGUGGUGCUGCCGAUACUUUUGAGUCCUCGCCGUUUCACGCCAAUCCGGUUGACGCCGCGCCGUUUGAUGCCUCUCAGUUUGACCAGGGUUUUGGCCGCGAUUCCAGCUUUGGCCGGGACCCGAGCUUCUCCAGGGAUUCAAGCUUCAAGGGGUAUGGGGGGAGCAUAUUUGAUUCUGCCACCGGUGCGGCAAGUUUCAAGGGUGGAUUCGACGCGAGCGCGUUCGAUUCGGCCACGGGUGCGGCGAGCUUCAAGGGCGGGUUUGAUGCGAGUACGUUCGACCAGCAUUACGGUGGAGUGGGGGCGUUUGACCAGCAUUACGGUGCGGGCGGUGCUGCUCUCGACACCUCCUCCUCCUUCCGUUCCUCUGUGGACUCCCCAUCCGGCUCUCAUGCCCGGUCUGGCGAGUUCCAUCCCGGCCAGUUCCAAUCCUUCGCCAGUGGCUUCGAUGACCAUUUCGACUCAAACCCCUACGGUGCAAGUGCGGGGACGGUGGGAGGAGGAGGAGGCCGAGGAAGGGGAGAGGAAGAAGAGGAGGUGCAUAGCAGCGAGGAGGAGGACAGUGGAGGGGACCCCUUUGCCAAUCUCCGAAGCAGUGGGGGUGGUGCAGGCGGUAACCAGCAUGUUACCGCGUCGCAUUUCGACGCGUACAACUACGACAAGGCGGCGGAAGAGGCGGAAACACCCGGGGCUGCGAGGCAGGGGGGGGUGCAGCCGGCACCAUCAGAUGAUGCGAGUGCAGCAUCAUCAGAUGAUGUGAGUGCAGCCGUUUAUGCAGCAGCCGAGCGCAUUCACCACGGCGAUGCCCUUUCUCGAGCCAUCAUUGAUGGGUUUCUUGAUGACCCCACACUCAUCGAUUUCAGUUUUCCCGACCAGAUAUGUGGCACAUGGCACCACAACUACACUCGCAUGCACCAGCAAAUCCGGGCAGCCAGCAAAAAUCCCUCUGGCGACCCCCCGCCCGACACGCCGCCCGUGAAAUUUCUCACCUUUGACGGCCUCAGCCACUGCGACAGCCUCGGGGAGACCCUCAUGGGGCUGACGUCAGCGUUCACUGUAGCUAUCCUCACUAACAGAGCUUUCGUUAUAAAGCACCCGUGCAUCCCCAUGGCGUUUGAACCGGCGCUGAUCGACUGGCAGCCCACAGAAGACGUGGGAUUCGAGCCCGUCAGAAACGAAACUUUUCCGCUCGAGCAUCCUGACCAGGCGGUCACGCCACCAAUAGGAGCGAGCGAUAUUGUGGAGAUCAAUCUAGAAUUACGUCCCGAGGCGCACCCGGAAAAGGUGUUUCUGCAGGUAGAAGCUGCAAGGAACCUGUGUGUGGUGUGGAAUAAAGACCUGCUGGUGCAUAUGCUGAAGGGGGCAAAUGAAUCGGUGUGGGGAGGGAGACUCAAAGACAUGGGUGUCAGUAUCCCGUACGCUUUCGGCUGCUUUGUGCGAUACCUGCUGAGGCCCAAACCAGAGGUGUGGCACAGGAUGCAGCCGUUUGAGAAGCAGCUGAGGGGCGACAAGGUGGUGAGCAUCGGCAUGCACGUGCGGCACUUCGGCCGCGGGUCCCUCCCACCCAGCACCACCAUCAACUCAGGCGACUUGCGGAGGGCUAUGAAUGACAUCGUGUGGCCUGCCAUAAAAUGCGCCAAGGAUGUCGAAAACUGGUGGUACCCGCCAUUCCUUAACGUGAAGUGGCUCAUCAUUAGCGACUCGCUGCAACUCAAACAGAAGGCGGCCAUUGACGUGAACGAUUCCAAGAUCGUCAUGACCGAAUUUGACCCGUGGGUCCCGACCUCCCUCCUCAACAUCAGCCAAAAGACAGUCACUGAGUGGCUUCUCCUCUCCUCGUGCAACUCCUUUAUUGUUGGGAAUGCAGCAGACGAGCGCAUUCACCACCGCGAUGCCCUUUCUCGGGCCAUUAUAGAUGCUUUCCCGGACGUCCCCACUCUCAUCGAUUUCGGUUUCCCCGAUCAUUUAUGUGGGACAUGGCAUCACAAUUACACUCGCAUGCACCAGCAAAUCCGGGCAGCCAGCAAAAAUCCAUCCUCUGCCCCGCCGCCUGACACGCCGCCCGUGAAAUUUCUCACCUUUGACGGCCUCAGCCACUGCGACAGCCUUGGGGAGACCCUCAUGGGGCUGACGUCAGCAUUCACUGUAGCUCUCCUCACUAACAGAGCCUUCGUUAUAAAGCACCCGUGCAUUCCCAUGGCGUUUGAACCGGCGCUAAUCGACUGGCAGCCGACCGAGGACGUGGGAUUUGAGCCGGUCAGAAACGAAACUUUUCCAUUGGACCCUCCUGACCGGGCAGUCACGCCGCCAAUAGGAGCGAGCGAUAUUGUGGAAGUUAAUCUGGAAUUACAUCCCCAGGCGCACCCGGAAAAGGUGUUUCCGAAGGUGGAAGCUGCGAGGAACCUGCGUGUGGUGUGGAAUAAGGAUCUGCUAGUGCAUAUGCUGAAGGGGGCGAAUGAAUCGGUGUGGGGGGAGAGACUCAGGGCCAUGGGCGUGCGAAUUCCAUACGCUUUUGGCUGCUUCGUUCGAUACCUGUUGAGGCCCAAGCCGGAGGUGUGGCACAGGAUGCAGCCGUUUGAGAAGCAGCUGAGGGGCGACAAGGUGGUGAGCAUCGGCAUGCACGUGCGGCACUUCGGCCGCGGGCCCCCCCCACCCAACACCACCGUUAGCCCGGAGGAGGUGAAGCAAGUAAUGGACGACGUCGUGUGGCCCGCCAUUGAGUGCGCCAAGGGACCCCCUCUUCCUGCAAUCCCCUCUGUGCAAACCUUUCAAGAGACAGUCACUGAGUGGCUGCUGCUCUCCUCGUGCAACUCCUUUGUCGUUUCGACAUCCGCCUUUGGCCGUACGGCUGCCAUGUACUCAAUGCACCCUAUGAGCAUCUACACACCGCAGUCGUGUGAGCCUCAGACUCCCGUCCGCGUCAGCAGCUUCGGAGAGGGGUCACAGCGGCAGUUUUAA